AAGCGACCGUGCAAUAUCUGUGCUACUAGAUUGAAAUACUAAUUAAAUAGAUACAGCUCAUUCCAAACGUAAAUAUUAGGAAUAUUACCACACAUGAGCUACCCCUUCAUCUGGCCCAUUUAUGGCUUAAAUGACGACAAUGAAGUCAGCUUGGUGAGACGGUAUGUUUACAGCCAGAUCACUUUCGGACCUAAAUUGAAUUGCCUCACACGCCUUUUCAGCACACACUCCAAAUCCAAUUCACUUGAACUGUGGUUGCUCAGCAUUUUUGGCCCACAAUCCACUUGCCAUUGCCAUAACUAUCCCUUCUGUGCCUGAACUCACGCAUAGCUGUCAUUUCAAAUCUGCCUUUUCCAAUGCCAGUAUCAUGCUUACAUUGCAGACAUGGAUUUGAGGCAGUCUGUACAAUGUUGUAAAUCUGUUAAAUCACCCCAAAAACCAAUAAAGGAAUAAAAACAGUUCGAUUAAUUUGAAAUCUUUCAGAACCAUGGACAGUGCUUGCUUAUUUGCAUGUCGAGGUCUGGUCUGUGAUGAUAAAAUGUAUUUGUAUUAUUUUAUUUUUUUACAUAAAAACGAGCAAUUAAUAAACUUCAUAAAGCUCAUCAAUGCUGCAUAAGAAUCUUUGUCAUUUUUCAGAGGGUAAAGAAUGAAAAAAGAAAGAAUGAAAACCGUAAAUAAUUAUAAUUAUAAAUAAUUAUAAACCGUUUCUAUAUUAUGAGUUUCAAUUAAAUGAACUGACAUUGUUUUCUCUCUUUGUUUGUUCUCGCUCACUCCCCUACUACACAGAUCUCAUCAUCAUCAUCAUCAUCAUCAUCAUCAUCAUCAGUAGUAGUAGUAGUAGUAGUAGCCUAGUAGUAGUUAUAGUAGUAGUAGUAGUAGUAGUAGUAGUAGUAGUAGGCUAGUGGUAGUAGUUCAGGUAGCCCAGGAUGUCAACAUGGCUUGUUGAGAGCACAAAUUGUUUUCCUCACUAUUUUCACACGACUCAAUCUAGUUACUAAGUCAAGAACAAGUUUUGCUGUGUGAUGUUAAACGCAUAAAGGACAGCAGAGGUCGCUCUUAGUGAAUAUUUAACAGCAUCCUUGGAUGCGGCUCCACAGGUUCAGCAGCCUCGCACUCUAUCUUCAUAUUCUUCCUUAUAAGUGAGCAUCCAUAGAAAAUGUGAAAUCACAUAUACAGUAUUGUUACCUGCAUUCAUAGCUUUUCUGCUCAUUUAAGCUGUUCACUGUAUAAACUCUGCCGCCUGGUUGCACAAGCCUCUUUUAUCAUCUUCCAGUGGGUAUUUCCUCCCCGCAGUUUAACGCAGAUCGCAGCAAUGUAUGUUUUGUCCUCUUGGAAACAUUGGGAUAAUGCUUUUCUUGCCUUCUUGUAGCAAUGCAGCGGAUGUCAGAUGUAUGGAUUUGAUGCAACGCCUCACGAUCAUUUCUCUCUCUCUCUCUCUCUCUCUCUCUCUCUCUCUCUCUCUCUCUCUCUCUCUCUCUGAGGCCGAGCGGCGAAUGUGACCUGAAUGCAGCACAUGAUUUAGCGAUGGAACGAGACGAAAACUCAUUCAGAACUGCUGAAGAAUCCGUGACGCGUUUCAUCGCCUGAUAACCCGCAAGCUGCUGGGAAACGAUCAUGUCGGCGCGCAUCAAUAAAGAAACGGAAUAUUAGUGGAGGGACGGUCGCAUCCUCCGACACCAGACAUUUUGGUUUUCCGUUUCUUUUCCGUAUGGAUUUGUGAUGGCAGAGAUCAUGGAUUGACACAUAUAUAGACUCAUACACACACGGCGGUAUGUCGGUGCUCUGUGUGCGGUGAAUGUGUCUUUGGUGCGGGGAGGAUUACUGCACGUUUCCCCCGCUCCGUCCGCGCCACACUGGAGAAGCGGACAGAGACUGGCCACGAGGGACACGAUUGGAACAGUUUAUCGCUUGAGGCAUUAAUAACCCGGACUUUGUCGCUCAGGAAGUGGAUUUAAUGGUUUUUACUUUGAGCGGACAUCGAUCGUGCACCGCAGCAUUUCACGUUCGUUUCUUCCUGCAGUGAGUGAUACAGAGGCAUCAGUGCCGUUAAGCGCGCUCACUACACUACUGCAUUUUUUGGGGCAAAGAUAGACUGCGGAUACUUGCUAUAUAUGGCUGUGUAGCUUCCAUGGAGGAGGGCCAAUCCCCUCAUUUCGUUGCAUUUUUUCUCACAAUGCGUUUUAUCCGAAUGUACUUGGGAGAUUUUUAGCCCGGAGUCAUUUGGCCGUUCCACUAUCUGCCGUCUCCUCUCCAACUGCAAGAUUAUCGGGAGGGGAAAAAAACCCAGCAGCGCAUCCCCGAUGGCAUGGACACUUCCGCAGGGUCUGCCGCGCCGCCGUGCUACCGGAGCCCGUUCGCAGCCCGCCCGAGCCCGCGCCGAGCCAAAGCAGGCGGCAUGAGGCUCGAGCCGGUGCCCUUCUCCAUGCUGGUCAUCGGGGUCGCGUUCGCGUGCCACUCCCCGAGCCCGAGCUCGCUGCGGGAGCGCGCCCGUCACUCCGCCGUGGUGAUCGAGGGCCGUGUGCAGUCGGCGCCCCACAACGCUUCGGGCUCCGAGCCCUACCGGGUGGACGUCAAGGUGCUGGACGUGUGGCCGCGGCACAGCGGCGGCCUGGAGCGCGAGCAGCUCGUCACCGUGCGCGAGCUGGGCCCAACGAGCGGGCCGUGCGCGCGCGUGCUCAACGACCACCAGUACAUCUUCUUCAUGGACCCCACCGACGAGCCGCUGGUGUUCAGGGCGUCGUACGCGCCCCUCGAAGCCAGCGGCAAGGAUCUGAAAAAAAACGUCGGGAAGAUCUUGUGCGAGGACUGCGGAGCUCCUACAAUAAAGCCUUUGCAGAGCCCAGUGGUAGUUGCAGAAGGAGCCCAGUUAACAGUGAAGUGUGAGGCCUCGGGUAAACCUCCCCUGUCCUAUAAGUGGUACAAAGAUGGCACCUUUCUGAAAGAGAGCAAAAAAGUCGGGAUCAGAGCCAGGAAGAAAAACUCCAAGGUCCAGAUUGCUAGUGCUCGGCUGGAGGACUCUGGGAAUUACAUGUGUGUAGUGGAGAACGACAGUGGGAGUAGCAACAGCACAAGUACCGUUCAUGUCCAAAGCAUAACCACAGCGUUACCAACAGGCUCAGGCCACGAGAGAAGAUGCAACGAGACAGAGAAGGGAUACUGUGUGAACAACGGCGAGUGUUACUUCAUCAGUGGUAUAAAUCAGCUCUCCUGCAAGUGUCCAAAUGACUUUACUGGCGAUCGCUGUCAAACCUACGUUAUGGCCAGUUUCUACCAGUCUCUUGGGAUUGAAUUUAUGGAGGCAGAGGAGCUCUAUCAGAAGAGAGUCCUGACAAUCACAGGCAUCUGCCUGACUCUGUUGGUAGUGGGCAUCGUAUGCGUGGUGGCCUACUGCAAAACCAACCUCCCCCCUAGGAAACAGAGGAAGAAGAUGCACAAUCACCUGAGGCAGAACAUGUGUCUGGAUCACCCCAAUCGCAGCCUGGCCAAUGGACCCAACCACCCAGGUCCCUGCCCUGAGGAGAUCCCCAUGGUGGAUUAUAUCUCAAAGAACGUCCCAGCCACCGAAAGAGUUAUGAGAAGCGGAAUGGAGGCGUCGUUUGUCGGCAGCCAUCAUUCUUCCAGAUCCCACAAUUCCUCCACCCGAGCCCACUCCUCCACACACAGACAUGACGAGAAGACGUGGAGCCUGGAGCGGACAGACAGCGUGCUGUCAGACUGUCCCUCGGGAGUGCUCUCGUCCUCUGUGGGCACCAGUAAGUGCAGCAGUCCGGCGUGCAUGGAGGCACGAGCGCGUCGUGCCGCUCACUGCGGCUUCCCUGAGUCCCACCGGCCACCGAUGCGCUAUGGAGACUCCUUUGACUCGCUCGACUCACCACACAGUGACAGGUACGUGUCAGCCUUGACCACGCCAGCGCGCUUGUCUCCAGUGGACUUCCAUUACUCACUGCCUCCACAGGUGCCUACCUUCCAGAUCACGUCUCCCAACGCCAACCACGCCAUGUCUCUGCCUCCAGCCGCCCGCUCCCCCUACCCACCCAAGGAGGACCAGCCGCUGCUUCUCUGCUACCAGCUGCCUCUGCACGAGGCCCAGCACCAUGAGCCCUACCAGCAGCGGAUACAACAGCAGCGGGCACGCUCCUACCUGCAGGACAGUGCAGGCAGCCUGCCUUCCAGUCCGUACCGGCGGGCCCAGGACGACGAUGAGUAUGAGAGCACGCAGGAGUUCCCACCCUCACUGGAGCAACCAAAGAGAAGCAACGGACGCUGGCACAGGUCCAGACUGAACGGGCACGUGGCACCACAGGGCUACCGGCCGCCCCGGGACUUGGGUUCGCGCAGCUGCCUGUCGGACAGUGAGUCGGAGGAGGGCGAGGAGGGCGAGAGCACGCCCUUCCUCAGCAUGCAGAACAUAAACACACCCGAGCCCUCAGCCAUCUACAGGCCCGCGCUGCCCACACACACACGGACUUCCCACACACAGAGCAGACAUACACAGCAGCAGCACGCGCGCUCCAAACCGGACAGAGCUGCCCACUAAAGACACAGUCCACCUACCCACCUGCAAAAUCUGUAUACCUAUAGACCUGCACCUAUAAAAAAUAUUUUUUAUUUUAUAUAACUAACAGAUAUUCUAAACAAAUGAAAUAUUUAUUUUCAUUUUAGCAAAAAAAGUUGUCUACUAGUUAACAGCAAAGACUUUUUUUAUAGGGAAAACUCUAUUUAUAUGUACAUUUUGAUUUACAGCAUAAAAGAGACGUGCCAAUUUUUUCACAACUUAAAGAAAUAGAAUAAUAUUGUGGUGCCUUUUGCUGUAUGCCGAUGCCAGAGGGCCAGUGGAGUUUUUGUAGCCUUUCUUAUAAGGACGCCUCAUUUUUUAUACACACUCUUUCGUUGUCUCUUUUUUGGCCUUUUGUUUUCCUUAUCCUUGUGUUCUUUUGGGAGCUGACCCAACCAUUUGAGCAGUGACAUUUCCUCCCCCUUUCACAUCAUGCAAUAUAAACCGCUCUUAAGGUGUAUGUUUACAAGAAUAUAAUUCACAUGUUUAAUGAUUAUGUUGCUUUCCUAACAGGAACUUAAUGACAAAUGCAACUGGGACAGGGGCUCUUUUUUUUUCCCAAUGAAACGGAAGGAAAGUAUGUGGUGUGCAUUCAGAUGUCCAACUGAGUGUGUGUAGAUGUGCUGCACACCAAUGUAAAGUGUGUGAGCAGAAGGAGGGAGAUGUCUAAUUUUCCAGACUAUUGUCUAUUUAUCAGACUUCUCACUACUGAAUCAAGGGUCACAAGCUUGUUAUGAUGUGAGAGGUAGAAACUCGUCCAGCUGUAGCAGAUGUGGAGGUUUUGUUGACGGUUUAGUCAUUAGAGAGCCUCCACACUCCAAUCCUCUCUUCCCAAACAGUCCUGUUCCACUCUCUCUCAUUCUGUCUAUCCUGUCCUUCUAGUGAGACUGAUAUAGAGAUGUUUAAUAAGUCCAUUGAUGAAUUUUAGAGGUAAUGACUAAAGCAGAUCAUGACACAUUUCUUCCAUUACAAGAAACAUGAAAAAUAGGAAAAUAUCAUUCAUAAGGUCUUUUUUUUUUCAAGAAUGAAAGAGAGAGUGGUGAACAGCCACGUAGUGUCUCAGGACAACCCCUUCUCACACUUCCUCCCUCUAUCACAGGACUGAAGUAAAAGGAGAACCCUUGCAGGCUUAUGAAUGUAUAAGCUCCCUCUUCCAUCCCCAUACAUGCUGGGAAUCUCAUCAUAACACACACACACAUGCACACACACAUACACACAAGACAAGACAAAUAGCUGUGAAACUUCCUUGGGGCCAUAAAAAUAUGCCAAAAUAUGCAAGCUUUAUAUUUUACCAUUUGUUUUCUGAACAAACCAUAGUGCAUUGUGUGAAAACUGUGACGCUUGAUUUGAGUUUGGUGUGCUUGAGUUGAGCUCCCCUUAAUUCCAAUGAAUCAGACCACCAAACCAUGACACAUUACACACGACAGCCAUCUCCGAGUCCACACAAGACCAAACACCAGACAGCUCUAGUCCUGCAUGAGUCCGUCGAUCAGGACGUUCAUAACGUCGGUCAUCUUAUAGAAGUUCCUGAACACUUACUCAUGCUAAAAUUGGCCAUGAUGUCUCUGGAAAGUAAAUCUGAAGAUUUUGAUGUCAAAUGUGAAGGAACACAUCAUUGGCAUAGACAAUUCAGGAAAUCCAGAGAAUGGAGGAACGUAAUGACAACUAAAACAUUGUGAUUAGAUGAGCAAAGGGAAAGAAAAAAAAUCGAUUUAAAAACUAGAUCCUUAAAUGUUUUUCUUGCUCCAUUGUGGUGGCAUAAAGAACUAUAGAUACUACUAAACAUAUAAAUAUAAAUUUAUAAUUUUUUCUUGCACUUCAACGACCAGAGUUUGUCUUCUGUUUACUCCCUGCCCUGGUGUUUUGGAUCCUGUUUGUAUGUUUGAGAAAUGCAAAACCAGACAGUGCUUCUCUAGUUAGUUUUAAAUGUGAUAUCCCUUUCCUCUUCCUCUUCCUUCUCCACCUCUUCCUCCAAAAAAGCCCCACUAGACUAUGACAGUUCCUACCGUUUCUUCCUUUUGCGUUUCCUCCUCGCUUGAGAAGUUUGAACACCUCUCCUCUGCAUGUCCUUGUGGUCAAGGUUAAAUGGGUGCAUGGUAAAAAGCAGCAGAUGAUUUUAUUUCCCUCCAAGUCAGUGAAAGUGUAUUUCAUUUAAUAUUCAGCAAUAAAAAAAACAAGAGAAUCUUUCUCCCCCCAUGUCAAUUCUUGGAAUAUGCUAGGAAAAAAAAGAGAAAUACAUGCCAGGUUGUCUUAGAUUGUAAAAUAAAAAUUGAAUCCACGUCUUCACAUUGAAAAAAAUAAAUAAAUCCUUCGUAUCAUUUCAA